AUGGCAGACACCUGCAAGCAGCGAGGUGUCGUGGCGAGCCUCAAGCACGAGGCCCUGGUGUACGAGCACCUGGCUGCGCUGCAGGGCACGGUCAUCCCCGUGCUGCUGGGUUGCGGCUUCUGGCGGGACGAGGGCAUCUUCCUGGUCGCCACCUCCAUAGUGGAGGGCGAGCACCCCAGCUCUGACACUGCCGCCGCCUACCCUGCGGCCGAGAAGGCUCUGCGCAUGAUACAUGUGAUGGGCGUGGUGCAUGGCGACAUCCGCGAGGACAAUAUUCUGGUGUCAAGGCAGGGUGCCGCCUUCAAGGCCCCAGUGGGCCUGCAGAACGGUUCUGGACCCUGA